AUGGCCUCAAGCUCAGCUACCGAGAAGCUGAGGGAAGAAUCCACCUGCUCCAUCUGCCUGGAGCUGAUGACUGAGCCCGUGAGCAUCGACUGCGGGCACAGCUUCUGCCUCGUGUGUGUCAUGGGCCUCAUUGGGAACCAAAGUUCUGAAACAUCAUCCCUGGAGACCUUUCACUGUCCCCAGUGUCGGUCACCACUGAAAUGGGAGAGCAUUCGGCCCAACAAGCAGCUACAAAACAUCAUUGAAACCAUCAAAGGGAUAGAAUUUGAAAAGGUGUGUGAGGAACACGGAGAGCAGCUCCACUUGUUCUGCAAAGACAGCGACCAGCUCAUCUGCUGUGAGCGCACUCCACAGCGCAGAGGGCUCGGUGCAGCUCCUGUGGAAGAUGCAGUCCAAAGAUACAAGGAAAAGCUCCAGAAAACUUUGAAAAACAUGGAAGACUUAUGUCAGAUUCAGAAGGUGCUCACACAAGUUGAAAUAGAUAAACUGGAGGAUAAGAUAGCACUUAAGAGACAGAAAAUCCAGUUUGACUUUCAAAAUCUCCAUAACUUCCUGUAUGAAGAGGAAAAAUCUUACUUAUGGAAGCUGGAGAAAGAAAAAGAGCAGACUUUCAGAAGGCUGCAGGAUAAUUUAGUACAUUUGGAAAGGCAGAGCAAGGAACUCAAGAAACACAUCCUAGUACUCGAGAAGAAAUCUCAGGACUCAGGUCAAAAUUUCCUGCAGGAUGUGAAAGACAUCGGGAACGGGAAGUCUGCUGUGAAGCUGGAAAUACCUGAGGUCAUGUCUUUGGAAAUUCAGACUCUGUGCCAUGUUCCUGACCUUUACUUUGAUGUGAAAAAAUUCUUAAAGAGUUAUCAAGUCAGUGUGACUCUGGAUGAAGAUACAGCUCAUGAAAAUCUAAUCCUGUCUGAGAAUCGAAGAGAAGUGAACCAUCGACAUUCCCAGAAGAAGUUUGAUAACCCUAGGAGAUUUAGGGAGAUCUCAUGUGUCCUGGGCUGUGAGAGCUUCACCUCGGGAAGACAUUACUUUGAAGUGGAUGUGGGAAAAGCUUUCAUGUGGAAUGUUGGAGUUUGUCUGGAAACUGUGCACAGAGACAUUAAGGAUGAGCCAGAUCCUGAAAAUGGAUUCUGGUCCAUCAGACUGAGCAAAUGGAAUGGCUAUGAAGCACUGACAAAUCCCUCAACAUCUCUUACUGUGAGGGAGCGCCUCCAUACUCUGGGGAUUUUUCUAGACUAUGAGGCCGGACUUGUCUCCUUUUACAACAUGGAAACUGGCUCCCACAUCUUCACCUUCCCACAGGCCUCCUUCUGUGGAGUCCUCAGGCCCUAUUUCUUGGUUCAUCUAAAUUCUCCUUUGUUCCUUCCUCUCCCCAAUGAGUAA